CUUGCCUUUGAGGCAGCUCAUUGUUGAAGCAACAUGGGCUGAAAGCACGCAGAAAGAACAAAACGUUGUAUUAUUCUCUUACACCUAGCUAGCUCCCAUUCCUCAGUGUCUCUUUCUUAUUCCUCAUUCUUCAAUUCAUCAAAUGAUCAUUCACAUCAAUUAACCCUCACUGAUCACAUGCUCAAAUCCCACCACAUCUACCAACAACCACCACCACCAAUGGCAGUUUCCACCACACUUUUCACCACAUUCUCCUUCUUCCUCCUCCUCCUCCUCCUCCUCCCCUUAAACACCACCGCAGAACACUUCAAGGAAGCACCAAAGUUCUACAACUCCCCAAACUGCCCCUCCAUUGACCCCCAAAAUGUCACGUGCUCCACCGACGCUGUCCACGUGACUAUGACCCUCGACGCCUCCUACCUUCGCGGCUCCAUGGCUGCCAUCCUCUCCGUCCUGCAACACUCCUCCUGCCCGGAAAACACCGUCUUCCACUUCCUCUCCGCCGCCUCCGCCGCCACCCUCAACAGAACCAUAGCCACCUCAUUCCCCUACUUAAAAUUCCAAAUCUACCCCUUCGACGACGCCGCCGUCGCCGGCCUCAUCUCCACCUCCAUCCGCUCCGCCCUCGACUCCCCACUCAACUACGCCCGCAUCUCCCUCCCCACCAUCCUCCCGCAAUGCCUCACCAGAGUCGUCUACCUUGACUCCGACCUCGUCCUCGUCGACGACAUCGCCAAGCUCGCCGCCACGCCGUUCCUCCCCGGCACCGUCCUCGCCGCGCCGGAGUAUUGCAACGCGAACUUCACCAACUACUUCACUCCAUCAUUCUGGUCCAACCCUUCACUCUCCCUCACAUUCGCCGACCGCAAUGCCUGCUACUUCAACACCGGCGUAAUGGUCGUUGAUCUCUCCCGGUGGCGCGCCGGCAACUACGUGACAGAGAUCCGGGAGUGGAUGGAGCUCCAGAAGAGGAUGCGGAUCUACGAGCUCGGAUCUCUGCCGCCGUUUUUGCUGGUUUUCGCCGGGAGGAUCACGCCGGUGGAUCACCGGUGGAACCAGCACGGGCUCGGCGGCGACAAUUUCCGUGGGCUUUGCCGGGAUCUUCAUCCGGGCCCAGUGAGCCUGCUGCAUUGGAGUGGGAAGGGAAAGCCAUGGGCCAGGCUUGAUGCUAACAGGCCUUGUCCACUUGAUACUUUAUGGGCUCCCUAUGAUCUGCUCAAGGCUCCUUUUCAUAUUUUCACGUAGUUCUGACGUCAUCAUUCAGGAUUUUUUAAUUUCUACAAAUAAACUUAUAUAUACAAUAUACUUAACUUAUUUCGUGACUACCAAACGGAUGAAUAGUUCAAAUGGUCUCGGGUUUGAGUGUCAAUAAAAUAUGAGUAUUCUCUUCUCAAACAGAAUUGACUCUUCUUGAGAAUACCAUAAGCGGAUAGAAUUACUUAUUUCAUGGGUAAGGUUACAUUUUGGUUCCUACAAUCAUUUCACAUUGUGCAGCGAGGGACAUAUACUUGCUUGUUUUGUUGUUGAGGUAGUGCAUGAUGAUGCCUCUUGUUACUUACUACCACUAACAAUGAAUUGAAUUAAAAUCGUUUUGGUGUGUUAUUGCAAUUGUUCAUGUGGAUUUGAGUUAAACCCUUUUAUUUAUUUUGCCAUUUAGUCUCC